ACACACACACACACACACACUCACACUCGAAACCCAUAACAUUGAGGAUUGUAGUCCGACCCACUGAUUCACACACCUGCGCAAUAUUUGACUAGCGCACACCCACCACCACGAACACGUUCCGUCACCUUUUAAUCUCAAACUGUGGUGGUUUUAUUUCGUUUUGGCGGUUAUUAUCCGUUUGUUUUACGGCGCGAUAUAAAAUGCGUCGUUCGGAUUGGGGGCGUGUCUCCGAGCGCGAGCUGUAGGAUGUAUCUCUUCUCCAUCUGUUAUUCAGUGACACUUUUAACAAGGAUAUUAUGACUCCAUCAUUUAGCAGUCAGACAGACUCACACAAACGCCUAUUUCUGGAGUAUAUAGUACGUUACGCAGAUUAGACCGCUUUUUACAACAUGUAGACACAUGCGCGAUACUUAGUCUCUCUGUGAGGGUUCUCAUCAGCAGUAACAGUGCGCUUUCAGUUCUCCUUUCUACUGAAGCUGAACGGGCCCGUCUCAUCUCAUAUUAUCCUCAAACAUGGAGCACACCGGCUGCGUCAACAUCUGCAGUCUCACCAGCACCUUACCGGUGAUCCCGUACCGGAAACUAACGGACCUGCACUACCUCAGUAAAGGCGGCUUCGGGACCGUGUUCAGGGCGCAGCACAGUGACUGGCGCACCACGGUGGCGAUCAAGUGCUUGAAACUGGAUUCACCGGUUGGUGAGAGGGAAAGGAAUUGCUUAUUGAAGGAAGCCGAGGUGCUUCACAAAGCUCGAUUUAACCAGAUCAUCCAGAUCUUUGGGGUUUGUAAUGAGCCCGAGUUCUUCUGCAUUGUGACUGAGUACAUGACCAAUGGAUCACUGGAUGAGCUUCUACAUGAGAAAGAUAUGUACCCAGUGGUGGCCUGGCCGUUGAGACUGCGUAUUCUUUAUGAGAUCGCUUUAGGAGUAAACUUCCUCCACAAUAUGUCACCACCCCUUCUACACCAUGAUCUUAAAACUCAGAACAUCCUGAUGGAUGGGGAAUACCAUGUUAAGAUAGCUGAUUUUGGCUUAUCUAAAUGGCGCCAGCUCUCUAUCACUAAAGGCUCCGGCUCCAAACCUGCCGAAAUGGGAGGCACAGUCAUUUAUAUGCCACCUGAGGAGUACGAACCUUCCAAGAACCGCAGAGCUGAUGUCAAAUAUGACAUGUACAGUUACGCCAUCAUCAUGUGGGAAGUGCUUUCAAGACGGAUACCAUUUGAAGAGGCCACCAAUCCCAUGCAGAUCAUGUUCAGUGUUCUCCGAGGAUCUCGACCCGACACAGGCCUGGACAGUCUGCCAGCAGAAAUUCCCAGUCGAGAGACCCUCAUUAAACUCAUGACCAGCGGCUGGACCGCGGCCCCAAAUGAACGGCCCUCCUUUCUCAAUUGUCUUAUUGACCUGGAGCCCAUGCUGAGAAGAUUUGAUGAGAUUAAUUUCUUGGAAGCAGUGUUGGAAGUGAAACGAACAAAGUAUAUGAGGCCAUCAAGUUGCUGCUCAUCAUCUCAAACAAAUGGGAAACUAAUCCAAGAAAAGAUUGUGAAGGAGCAAAACAUCCCUUGGCCAGACAACAGUUCCACAUCUGGAUCAGGAUCCUGCUCUUCCCACGAAGCAGAAAUAUCCCAUCCGGGCUGCCUUACCAUAUCCAAUCCCUCUCAAGGUGUGUCAGCUGCUCAGGCUGGUCCGCAGGCAUCAUUAAUAUCCCUUCCGCUUGAUCCUCCAAAACCUCUUGUGGACCACUGCUCUCAGAACAACCUCAGCCCUGAAUACCAGACGGCGCAGCAUGUGUCCGACCUCAACAUCCCGUUCAACCCGCAUGCAUCACAGAGUGAAAGUGACCUGCCUCUUCCCAUACAACCCCUCACGCUGCAGCCACAUCCACAAGAUUUUGUUACAGCAUUGGACACUCAAGGUCCGGUAGCUCGCUGGAUUGCUGCCCGAAGGGAGGAUGUGGUGCGGCAGAUGACGGAGGCGUGUCUCAACCAGAGUUUAGAUGCUCUGUUGUCCCGUGAGCUGCUGAUGCGCGAGGACUAUGAACUGGUCGUGAACCAACCCACACGUACCGCCAAAGUGCGGAAGCUUCUAGACACUUGCGAGCGGCACAGCGAGGACUUCUGCCGCGUGGUGGUGCGGAAGCUCCAGGACAACAAACAGAUGGGCCUUCAGCCCUACCCCGACCUCAGCACCACCAGCCCUCCGCCUCCACCUUAUACCGCCCCCAGCACCCCCUUCCUCUCCAACUCCUUUAACAACACACGACUCUUCUGACCUUCUCCCAACUCCCAAUCACUGCUCUUGAACCAGAGCUCUGUGAGUCCUUCUUUCAGUUAAGGAUGGUCCCUGUUCACAUGCUCUUACGUUUGUGCUGCUUGGCCGAAACGUUGUGUGCCUGGACAAGUGCUUUUGCCCCUGUGGUUAAGGUGUUGGUGCCUAUGACACACAACUUUAAUGGUUGCAUCGUACAAGACAGAUUUCGGUCAAAUAGCCACUUGGCUUGUUUUGUCUUCUGAGUUAAAUCCUUGAUGACAGGGACGCCAAUUUAAGCAGUACAGUGGUUUGACAUCGCCACGUUUAAACCUUAUUCCAGUCAUCAAAAGAAUCUGGUUGCUGCUACUCGGAAAAGCAGUGACACGCAUAAGCAAUCAAUUCUAUCUUGUCAAUUUGCACUUUCCAUGCCAGCGCAAAAGUUAUAAAGACACACCUUCCUGUAAUGCCACGAAACGUCCCGAUUACUGCACAGUUGCAUGUCUGGACUUGAUGAAAGCUCAUGUGAAUCAGCAGUUUUGUUCUUCCUCUUUAUAAACCAGUUUUUUUCCCACACUGCACUCAGAGUCUGUUGGUUGUUUCACUAUAGGUCAGGGUUGGUGGACGUUUUGCAGUAGACCUUUGUCAGGGUAGAUGCAGUUAGAUGUAAGUUGAAAAUUGCAGUGUAUUCAAUGGGUUCUACAACAAAUACAUCUUGAGAAUUAGACAUGACUUUGAAAAUUAUGACAACCCCAGCUUUUGAACAGAUGGAAUGUUGCAUACUGUAUAUUGUGGCCCAUUUGCUUUACUUAAUGAGAAGUCCAUUAAAUAAAGUACAAAAUAAAGUCCAUUGGCACACCAGUGGUUUGGCCAUUAAGGGAAACUUCACCUAAAAUGAAAGUAUUGUCUUCAUCGUCGUCAUCCUCAUGUCAUUCCAAACCUAUAAGACUUUCUUUCUUUUGAAAAAUGUUUUUGUCAGUGGGGUCCAGUGUCCAGUUUUGUUUGGACCCCAUUUACUUUUAUUGUGCGAAAACAUUCUUCAGGAGAAAUGCCAACAAGUUAGCUUUGGCAUGUUUGGAUUUUUGUGGUCUAGUGAAGAAUUUGUAGAAUUUUUUGUUUGUUUUUUGCCCAGCUGCAAAUGGAACAAACCAAGCUCCCUGCCUCUCUGGGUUUUCCAUUGAGCCAAUCAGAUGUGUCAUUCUUUCCUUGUUUUUUUUUUUUUCUUUUGGUACAGUGACUACUGUAGCAUCCUGUUAGUGAGCAAUAUUGGAUGAAGCUGACUCAAUCCAGGCUGAAUCGGUUGGUACACUGGAGUCUACAAUGAUAGAACUCACACAAACUGGCUGAGACCAACAUUACACACCAGCCUUUUCUUCUCGGUCAUGUUUUUGAUGUUCUCAAAUGGCAUGUCAAUCAAAUGCAUUAACUCAAUAAAUAAGAUAAUCGGAGACCCUGUUAACUGAACCAUAUGUGGCCCAGAGUUGUUCACACUUCAGCUUAGAUAAGUUUCUUUUCAUAAAUGUGUGCCAUCUACCGUAUGUAGCCUAGUUUGCACUGGUUACCACUGGCUCCAGAUGUAGCAGCAGACAGAGCACAGUUUACAGCACUUUUAAAACAUAAAAUAGACUCUAGCUGAAGCAACUGUGUGAAAUAUUCAGAUGUUUACAUCACAUCUGAAUAGAUUUGAAGAAAUGCAAUCGGCAAGAUGCUUUUUUUUUAAGAAACAGAGUAGUGACUUUACUACUGUUUAUCCAACCGUUGCCAGUUUAGAGCAGUUUUCUGCCAGGUCAUUUCAAAACUAAACCAAAGGGAAUGAGUUAGCACUGUCAAUAUUCUAAUGAUCCUCAAGCAGAAGGCAAAUGGAAUUUGUGCUGAUGGUUUGGUCUUUUUUAGCUUGACCCAUGAGCCAAUCAUAUGCUUGUUGAUAAUAUGAAGCGUUCGAUGAGGGUUUUGCUGUUUUCCAGUGUUUUCAGGCAUUGAAUUCCUGUGCUGGUGGGGUUGCAUGAUUCUUUGCUGUAGACUUCCCCUCUGUUCAAACAGACAUUGUUUUAGAGGCCUUAUUGUUACAGAGGUGAUGUAUUUUCCUUAGAGUGAUUACAUUUGUCCCCUGGAAUGUCCUGAAAUAGUUUUUUUUUUCUUCGCUAAAUUGCUCAUGCUGUAGUUUUGGACUUGAUUUCGAUGCGUGUUGAUUGAGCAUCACACUGAUAAAAACUGAACAGAAUUCGAUUCAAAGUCUCGCUAAGUUGGUGUUUGAUGUUAAUGAAUCAUUUUCAAUGCAAGAAUCAGAUUUGUAGUUGUUAUUUACACUUUUUAUUACAGAUUUUUUUGUUGACUUUCCUUGUUUUGGGACCAGUUAUGAUAUAAAGAGUAUGUAUGGCCUGUUAUUUUUUGUAUUUAUUUAAAGAGUUUCUUAGUGAUAAUUGCCAUGCAUCUUAAGUAUGCGUCAUGUAAUGGGGUUGUUGUGUAUUUUUCUAUGAAGUUUUGCAAAUGAUGUUGUGUGCCAAUCUGGUGAUGCUUCGAGGCUGAAUUCAUCUUUAGAUUAUUCUGUGGCUGAAUCUACUUUAGCGCUCAUCUCAGCAAUAUAUCAGAAAUAUACUGAAUUGCUUAAUGGGCUUAUUAGGUCUGGAUACAAAAAGUGUUGUGUUUUUAUUCAUGUCACAUUUAAAAAUCACCCAGGCUAGGGUUUUAUUUUAAAUGACUACUACUGAUAUCAUUAUUCAGUUUUUGCCUUGAAGCUCUUAGACUUGACAUAAAUGGCUUGUCAUCAAAGAUUAAAUGACAAUAAUGUAUAGCAUAUGUAGCAGUGUACAAGUGUACAUCUGUGCUCUGGUACUAUGUGAGGUGCUUCCACAAAGCGUGAUGUGUGAUUAAAAUGUGUAGAAUUUCC